UCGAAGAUUCUCGUGGGAGCUGCACCUAAAUAUACAAGAAAAUAAAGAAAAGGGAAUACGUCAUCAUGGUUUUAAAGAAACUAUUAGUGAGCUUGCUACUGCUCAACUUGGUGGCUCUUUUAAUGGGAACCACUGUGACCACUCGACGGAUUCAACCGCGGGAGACGAACUCCUGCGAGGGCCGCCAGAGUCCUGGACCCAUCUGCGAAUCCUGCGAGCUGCUGGCCACCUGUGUGCGUCACUCGAAUGGAUGGGUGAACAUCCCGGUGGAGUCCUGCGACGUGGCCAAUGGCUACUACUGCAAUGCCCGACUGGGGAGCUGCACCAACGAAACAGGACCAUGUCAUCCGUUCGGGAUAGAGGGCAACUUUCAGUGCACCUCGCAGGGCAUCUUUCCCGAUCCCUACGAUUGCCAGAAGUACCACAUGUGCUACUUCGUGGGCGCCACUCUGGUGGCCGCUGCUGUGGAUUGUGGGAAUGACAGGGCAUUCGAUGCGAGGACGGGUCAGUGCACCCUGACCCUGAGCGACACCGUCUGCCUGCAGCGACAGUACUACUGCCCCAAUGCCGGCCACGUGGCCCCCUGGCCCACUAACCCCAAUAUCUUCUACGUGUGCAAGUCGACGGUUAACCAGAACUUAAACGACACAAUUGUUAUUUACCCAUCGCUGCACCGGUGUAAUGAUGGAGAGACCUUCGUGGACUAUGUCUGCCGCAGCGGAUCGAAUGUCCUUCCACCGAAUACGGAUGAUCCCUCGGUGAUCAUCGAGGAUCCCAAUGACGAUGACUUCUACGUGCUGCCCAACACAUGCCAGCACGUGGGUUUGAUAGCCGACGGAAGCGAUUGCCGGAAGUACUACUACUGCUCGGCCCUGAAUGGAACCCUGCGGCACAUGGACUGUCCCGCGGGCACCUACUACCGCCCCGAGUUGUCCUCCUGCGUCCUGGGUACUUGCUAAAGUGGAUGCCACCUUUUAUUUUAUUUGCUCUUCGAAACA